AAGGACGGUUCUUUUAUACCUCAAUUGAAAGAACCACAACACCACAUUACACAUCCUAUAGUGUGUUGUCGAGCAGCAUUGAGUAGCGUUCGAUUGCAACUUGCCUCUUUAUUUGAAGAUGGCGCGAAAGCAUGCAUUCCGUUUCGACUUUGCAUUUCAGAUCUAAGCCUGAAGAAAUGUCGAUGUUCGCCGGAAUGAAUAGGGUUUGACUAGCUCAGGCCUCAUCCUGAGCACUGCCAGGUCGGCUUCUAGGGGUCGCUGACGGGACCGGAUCCCAGCUGCACCCACCAUGACUCCCAGGUCCUCCACCAUGACCCCAACCAUGAAGCAGUGGAGGCAGCUGGUUCUGGUGGUGAUGCUGGCCUGGCUCCUCAUCUUCCUGGCCCUGCUCUCCCACUUCCUGGACCCCCGGGAUGUGGAUCUCCGCUCGCCCUCCUCGCUCACCCACACCGAGACCCGCCGUCUGGCCUCCAUCCAGGGUAGUCCAUCGGGCAUCAGGGCUUCUCCUCUUGAGGUGACAUCCUCAUCUUCACCCGCCAACCAGGAUCCCAGCCACAGCCAACAGGUUAAAAAGGAGGCCCUGGAGCUGAGCCAGAAUGGUGACUUGGUGGUCUGGAAAAAGGUGAGCGACCAGGAGGAGAGGGUGUAUCAGGAAAGGGAAGAGAAGAUAAGGAGGGAGAGACUGAGAAGGAGGAGGAGGAAAGGGAGCAUGUCCAGGGCUGAGCAGCGGGGCAGAGACGGCUACUAUUUAUCCCAGUCCAAGGUAGUGGUCCAGCAGCUGCGAAGGGGCAUUGCCUCAGCGGGAAUGCUCGCUCCACACCUGCAGAAGUCCAUGAGGGACUACCUGAAUCUCAACAGACAUCACGUGGCCUACAGGGGGCGGCGCAGGGGUAGGCAGAGCGGGAGGGAGGUACUCUGUGAACUGAAGGAGCAGGCCAGGUUGAGGACACUGGAUGGGACAGAGCAACCCUUCUCUGGGCUGGCCUGGGACAGGCUAGUGCCCCCACGACCUCUGGAGCAGCUUUGGGGCCAGGGGUCAAAGUUCAAGUCGUGUGCGGUGGUCACCUCGGCCGGGGCUAUCCUCAACUCUUCCCUAGGGAGAGAAAUUGAUUCCCAUGAGGCUGUGCUUCGCUUCAACGCUGCUCCUACAGAGGGCUAUGAGAAUGACGUGGGCAACAAGACCACCAUCCGCAUCAUCAACUCUCAGAUACUUGCCCGGCCAAGGCAUCGCUUCACCACCAGCUCUUUGUAUAAGGGUAUGACACUGGUGGCCUGGGAUCCUGCACCGUACUCUGUGGACCUGCCCAGGUGGUACAGGAACCCAGACUAUGACCUGUUCACCCCGUACGAGGAACGCCGGCGGCUCCACCCCACACAACCGUUCUACAUCCUCCACCCCAAGUUUAUCUGGCAGCUGUGGGACGUGAUCCAGGGGAACACCCAGGAGAACAUCCAGCCUAACCCCCCGUCCUCUGGGUUCAUAGACCCCGUGGCAAUUCCUGGAAUCCCAGCAGGAGGGCUUGAGGGGGCUGUGUCAUCCUGAGCACGUUACUGCGCUACCACCACACACACACAGAAAGAGAACACACACUCACUGCCAGCAGCAGGACUCAGGACCAUGACACACAGAAUGAUUUUAUUUGGGUUGCAGUCCAUUUUAUUUAACUGUUUUUGGGUUACAGUUUAUUAGGAAGUGAGAGGCAGUGCUGUUCAGUUUGUCAUCUUGAUGAAGACAAGCAAGUGCCGUAUGAUGGCUACAGCCAGCCACUAUGUGGCAGCCCAAUGGGGGUGCCAGGCUGUUUGACUGCCUGCUGGGAGCUUUAGACUUGUAGACUGAGGAACAUGUCAACAUGCAAAGCCAGAUACUGCAUGACUCAACACUACAGACACAGAAAGAUGGUAACUUUAACAGGUUGCGGCUUUCGUACAACCCCUGGCUGUCAUCCCGACAUGCAAAUAUUGGUUGGAUCAACACUGUUUCCACAUUGUCAUAACUGUAAACAACCUUUCAGUCAACUGACAAUUGAACAUUGUCAUGAUCUCUUUUGCCCAAUGGGAUGAUGGCUUCAAGAGUGCAAGACAAGUGUUGCAAACAUGAACACUUUCUGUUACACUUCUCCAACUGUUUCUGGUUUAUUACCCUCCCCACCCUGCAGUGAAAUUGAAAAUCCCUUCACAUUGUUUCCAUACAUUUAAUACCAGUUUCGGUUGUAAUUGCUAGCCAGUUUUACACAGAUCACCCAGGUGCAUCAUUUAUAAAAAAAUUAUUACGCACAUAUGAUAGUUGGAAUCCACAGCUAUAUAGUGAUUUCAUAUAUAGUGAUAUAUAUUGAUUUAGCAACUUAGUGUGAUCUAGAAAUGAUCAUGAUUGUGUGUGAUUUACACCCUUCGACAUGUGUAUAAACAUUGUGAUUGUUCUUCCUAUUGUUUCAAGAACUAAUGGUAUGCUGAAAUGUAGAAUAAAAACUGAGCAAACAAAUGAGGCCCGAGGUGAUUUGAUCUCACAGAUGAGGUACAAAGCAUUCAGCUUCACCGGCAUCAUUCACAUAGCUGCUUUAGAACAAAUGAAUAGAUGGACUGUCUGUUAUUGCUGUUAUAUGACAGCACACUGUAACAGUUAUGACAAAAUACUUUUUUGAACUGUAACAGUAAUGACAACACUAAAGCCACUGCAGUCUUAAUACAACUCUGGUGUCUAUCGACGUAACACAUGUAACAAUAUGAUAACGGAAGUUGAGGAAAAAUACACGUUUUGUUUUUAAGUAAACAACACCACACUGUUGCGUUUUCUCACGGCAAGACUUGACAGGAAUUUAUAUCUACACCUUUACUGAGUGACAAAGUAACAGUUGACCAUCUCUAUGGGUUGGGGCGGUUGACACACCUUCUAUAACAUGGAUCAUCAACUAGAUUCAGCUGCGGGCCGAUGCACGGAUGGUCGGGGGGCCAGAACAUAAUUACUGCCAACUGACAGCAAGAAGUCCAAACAGAUAUAACGUUUACUAAAGCAUAAUCAUUUCUAAACAGGUUUCCAAACUUAAAAUCCAUUUCCGUUGAUUUCAUGUUCUUACAGUCUCAUAUCCAACGACAAAAAUACCACACAAAAAAAAAAAUAUAUUAUUAUUUAUAUUUGCCAUGAACUUGGGGGGCCAAAUAAAUCCACCCGCAGGCCGCCAGCUGGGGUCCCCUGUUCUAUAAGAUACCGUGUAGUUUCUGGGGUGAUGACGUGGAAUAGAUCACUUUGUUCGUAGAAGAUAUUGAUAGUUCUCUGUCUGGGUAACGUUGUGGAUUAGAUCACUGACUGUGUGUUUAGAAGAGUUCUCUGGUGACACAACGUCGUGAUGGAUCAUUUAUGGAUCAUUUAUGGGUAGUCUGUUGUUGAGGCGUUCUCAUGAUGACAAAUCACUAUGGGGAGUUGUUGGGUGAUGCCACAUGAUAUACUGUGUAGACUGAGUUUUUGGGCGACACCACAUGACAAAUGCCAGGGAUAACACCAUAUCCUCUAGAGUUCUCGGUGGUGAUCAC